UGGAUACAAAUACACAUAUCCAAAAUAUGGCAGAUAUUCCCUCCAGAGAACCCUAACGUUAACGUUCCCUAGGAUAUAAGUCGACUUUUGUUACAGGACUCGGGUAUAUCUUCAACACCACACUCAACUAAUCUCAAAAUGUAUAUCACUGAGGUACUAAGGGCUACUGCGGCUGAUAAUGAUCGCCUUCUCAGGAUCAUUUCCGAAACAGCGGCCGCCCUUCAACAAAGCAACGAUUAUGUCGUUAACCUCAAAAAAGACAUCCUAGUACAAGAGAAACUCCUCCGAGACACCAAGGUCACCAUUGCUCGUGAAGAAGCCGAACACAGGGACUACCAAACAUCCCAUGUAAGCGUCUAGCUUACAGAUUAGGAGGGAAGCGUGAAAAGUUCGAGCAGAAAGCAUCGAAGGAAGAGAAGGACUGGGUUGAAGCUGUACAGAGAGGAUUUGAAGUUCAGAAGAAACUCGAUCUUCUAAAUCGAAAUAUAGCUGAAGCAACCAAGACAAGCGCGGAAAUGGAAAAUGUAGCAGCCACUUACAAACAAGCAGAAUAUGAGCUGAGCUCACUCUACAAAUCUGUUUUCCAGGGGCCAACACCCGAUAUCCCUGGAGAGGAUCAACGAGAAGGCACUGUGUAUCAAGCAUCUACGGAGUUCAACUGGGCUCAGGGCAAUGUCGACAAGGGGAAGCAGGUGAAGAAUCUCCUCACUAGCGCGAUGAAGUUCCUCGACGAGGCCACUCGGGACGUUGAGAGCGCAAGAAGUAAUGCGAAGAUGGAUGCAUUUGGGUUUGACAGCACGUUUAUGGACAUCGCCGAGAUGAACGCUCUUACAAGGGUGAGGCAGAAUGUCGGCCAGGCCGAGAUGUUAGUUAGUCAAGCAAGGACCAUGGAGCCAUUGAUUGGGGAUAUUGGAGAUGUAGUGCAUGCGCAACGCCAUUUCGUGUCGGAAGUGCUGUUCGACAAUGUCUUUUCGGACAUGAAGAAGAAUGACGAGAUCAAGCGAUCGCAGGCAUCCAUCAUGAAGCGAAGAACUCUCUCGCGAGUAUGAUUCAUGCAACAAAUGAGAGAUUUGAAGCUGCGGUGGCUGAAGCGAUGGGCAAAGGCAAGCGCUUGAAGAGAAGAGGCUACAGCUGCUGCAGAUCAGAGCUGAAGCAUAUCAAAAAGCUGCUAGAGGAGAAUUAGUUCCUCCACAGCAGGGACCGCCACCAAGCUACGGGGCGUAGGCUUCAAACGGACAGGUGAUUUGACUGAGUCCGAACGAGCCUUCCGUUUCGCGACGACGGCGAUUAGGGAC